CUUAAAUGUAGUGCCACCAAAGCACCAACUGCAUUAUGUUGUCUUACCUACACACCCUCAACUCGAAUGCCUCUUCAGUAGCCUUUUCUUAUUCUCACGAUUUUGUCUUUCAAUGUUAUAGUAAUAGUAAUAGCACCUUGUACUAUGGCUACACUACUUAAGUUUCUUCAGCUGUAUUGUGCUUAUUGUGUUGGAUUGAUGGUGGUGGGUGUGCUGUUUGUCUCAGCUGAAUCAACACUUUUGGUUUAUUUCAAGCGUGCUCCUUCACCAAGGUCUAGGUCUUCUAAUGCUGUUUUCCAGUACCUAGUUGAGAGGUUGGAUGGUUCCAAUGCAUGUAAGAGAAACACUUGUUCGUUUUCAUGUGAGCUUGAUGGCAAAGUUUACCCUUGCCAGUCUAAUGGCAUUGUGUUAACGAACUUAACACUAAAUCAUGAGCAUAGAUUUCUUCUCAAUGUCAGUACAAUCACAGGAGAAAGAAAUUCAUCAGUUUACUCAUGGUUCAUCGAUACAAUUCCCCCAACUGCAGCCAUUAGUAGUGAACAGACCCAUACAAAUGAGCAAAAGAUAGCAAUUGAUGUCACAUUCAGUGAACCGUGCACUGGACUAGGCGGAUUUCAUUGCCUAAACUCAUCAAACUGUGAUAUUAUGGUAGCUGGUCCUGCACAAGUGGAUGCAUCUUCUUUACAAAUUAUUAGACCAGGUGCCAAAUACAGCCUUGAAGUGAUUAUCUCCUCAGAAGUUACUUACGGGCGCGUUGUAAUCACAAUGGCAGAGAAUACUUGCACUGACCAGGCAGGAAACCAGUUCAGAAGAACCAAUGGUUCUACUUUGAUUACUCAUUUUGAUAGAAGACCGGUGAUGGUGGACUUUUGGACGUCUGUUCCUUCUUAUGAGUUGAAAAUUAAUGGCAUCCCAAGAACAGUAGUUGCAACAAGCAAACCAGAGGACCUGAUAAUUUUCUUGGACUUCAGCAUUCCUAUAACAAACUCAACUGAGCAAGUUCUAAAUGCACUACAUGUUAACUCUGGCGUCUUAAUUCCUCUCCAUGGCAGAAGCAAUGGAACCCGCGGAUUUAGUUUUAAACUCAAGAACAUAUCAGGAACUGAGAUUAUCACAAUUGAAUUACAAGCUGCAUCCAUACUUGGAAAGACAGGCACUCCUGUCUCUCCUGUUGCUCCGAUCACAUUCCUUUAUGAUCCUAUGAAACCCAAUGUGGUACUAAGGACCAGCUCCCUCACUGAAACAAGGGAUUUCAACAUCAACAUAAUGGCUGAGUUCACAAAGCCAGUAUUUGGCUUUGGGACAUCUAUAGUAGAAGUCUCGGGAGGAAGACUGAUAAGGGUAAAGGAACUAUCAAGAGCUUUAUACUCGUUGACUGUCCAAGCAGUGACAAAGGAGGUGUCAGUUACCAUUCCUGCAGGGAAGGUAACUGAUAUUUCAGGGAAUGAAAAUUUGGCAUCUAACCAGCUUGCUAUCAAGCAUUACUCCACCCCAGCAAUAUCCAUUGCACUAGACUCAUUUAUCAGUGCCGGAACAAUAGCAACAUCACUAGUAGCUGCUAUGGUUUCACUUUCCUCAGCAAAUUUAGAAGCAUUAAGCAUACUUGCUUUGGGAGGUGCAAGUAGUCCUGCUUCCAAUCCAUCAAUUAAUCUACAUGGAAUGAUUGGACACCUACAAGUCUUUGCCCUCACAAGUUGGUUUUCAACUAAUCAAUUUAUCAAAUACUCUGAGACAACAAGAGGUCUUAGGUGGCUCAUACCUCAUCACAAGCUUCCCUGGAAAAAAAUUGAUACUUGGAAGAAACUUGGAUGGAGAAGUAACGGCCAAUCUGCAGGAGAGAGAGAUCAACAACAAACUGAUUUAAUGAGCUUGUCUUAUAUUGAUCCCAAACUAUCAUUUCAAACUGAAAAUACCACCAAUUUUGGUCGGUUUCACAAUCAGCAUGAUUUAAGUAAGACAAGUACAUUAUAUGGUCUACCUCUCAAUUCCAUCGAAUAUUUCACUUAUUUCUUGAGAGGAGAACCAUUGUCUGCUAGCAAUGUCAUCAAAGGAAUGGAGAGUUACAAAGGGUGGCAGGACAUGGAGAUGAACUUAUUCUGGCUUGGUGUGGGAGGAGGCUGUUUACUUUUAUUCCAUGUUUUCAUGAUAUUCUUCCUAAGACACAGGACUGGGAGAUCACCUCAAGGCAGUUUAUCAGUUCCUAGGUUUGAGCUCUUUCUUCUGAUCCUCAUGCUACCUUGUCUUUCUCAGUCAUCAACAUUUGUAAUAAAAGGUCGUACAACUGGGGGAAUUAUUACUGGGGUGUUGCUACUAGCAAUCCCUGUGGCAUUCAUCUUAUCAGCAUUGCUAUUUCUUAUUAUUGCAAUCUACGCGGGAAGCUUUGCCCAAUACAAACAAUUCAAAAAAAUAACCAAUGAAGAAAAAUGGUACACCAAGUUAUUGUUCUGUUUUAUCGGGAGGUCUACAACUGGGAAGUGGUUUAACAGGGAAGGGCUACCUUCCUCUUUCCUCUCGCGCUUUGGAAUUCUCUUUGAUGAUUGGAAGGGUCCUCCAGUGCUCAUUUUAGGUGAUCAAAAUGAACAGAAUAAUACCAUAACCAAGUGGAGCGAAAGUGGCAAAAGUGGGAACGGAAGAACGAAAACAGUGUGUUCAGAGGACAGUAAUGAGGAAAUCAAAAUCUCCACAUUCAAGAAGGUAUUGGGCUGCAUGAGAGCAUCCUAUAUCAUCCUUGACUUACUAAGAAGAGUUGGUUUGGGAAUAAUAUCUGUAGCUUACCCAUCAGAAAGCUCAAACAAAAGCCUUUUUGCAUUGAUAAUCACAUCAAUGCAGUUCAUUUAUCUAUUCACUACCAAACCAUACAUCAAUAGAGGCGUCCAUGUUGUGGAAAGUGUUUCUCUCUUGUGUGAGACAGGUGUGUUUAGUAUCUUAGUCCUCCACAAUGGUUCACACUCAGUUGAAUCCAAAACUUGGGAAUUGGUUAUGCUGUUUCUUCUGAUGUUUACCUUCAUUGCUCAGCUUACCAAUCAAUGGUAUGCUAUGGUAAAUUCCCUAUGGAAACUCUCACAAACUCAGAAUAACUCUUUAAGGGAUGGAGUAAAGUUAGCUGCCAAGGGCCUCAUCCUGCCUUUCCUUCCAAGCAAGCAUUGGUCGAGCGUGAUAUCGACAUUCUCCCAGCCGGAGACGAACCAGCUUUCAGUCAAUCCUACAUGCUCAGGAAUAGAUUUUGAAAGAAGAAAUAGAAAUGGAUAUAUGGAUCCAAUUAGCACCAUGACGGCUACGGUAGUCCCCGUGCAAAGUCCAAGCACACCCAACCACAAUGUUGUUGAAAGAAGAGAUCCUACAACCUGGGAGACAGGUGCAAGUUCACAUAUUGAAGUGGAAGGUAAAUGGCUAAAGGGGCACAAGGCUGGGCUUAAGAAAGAGCUAAGGAUGUUGAGGGAGCUUGCAAAAGCUAGCUUCUCUGGGGAUACCAGGUUUGAUGAAGCCAGUACUAGCUACACUUUAGGGGAACAACAGCAUUCAUCUGGUGAAAUCUAUUUGGGUAAUCCAAAGCGAAGAUAUUGCUGACACUAAUGCACAAGGGCCAUACAUCACCACAUCCUACUUUGGAAGAUUUUGGACAAUGCACAUUACUUCAAAUUUCUAUCUUUAUUCCACAAUCAUUAUUUGUAUAGCUUCUUCUGUAGUUUUAGUGACCUUAACUUGCUUCUAAUGCUAUUCUAAAUGACUCACAUGCUGUAACAACUCCAAUCAUUUGUCUCAGGAGAAAUGUACAACAGAUUCGGAUAUUCUCCAACCAUUACUGUGAUGUGUAGCUUGCAAAUGUUUGGUA